AUGGCCUUGGGCUGCUUCUCCACCCCCCGGAGAGCCCACGGCUGUCGGGCUGCAUCUUCCAAAGCCAUCGCAUGCAUGGGCUGUGUCUUCCCCAUGGUCUUGGGCAGGUGGAGGGUCCUGAUGCAGCCUGCAGAUGCCACAGCAGUCACCACACGUUCCUCGUGGAUGGUGGGCCCGCAGAGCGGAUGCUCCGAGGUGCCCUUCGCGGCUGUGGCCUGUCUGCUGCUCGUCCCCUCCCCAGGCACGUGGUGGGCUGCAGAGGUCAAUCUCUGGGUAGAUGGUGCCUGGGCUCUGGGGCCCCACCUGGGCAUCCCUUCAGGGUCUCCUCAUUGCCGCCUCUGUCCCCUUCGGCGAUGGUGGCAACAGGUGGUCCUGGAGCUGCCCGGGGGUCCUCAGGUACAGUGUCCAGUGUCACUGCCAGUUAACCUGCUCGUCCCGCCUCCCCCACAGAAGGACAUGGCCCUGAAGCCACAGGAGCGGAAGGAGAAAUGGGAGCGUCGCCUCGUCAAAAAGCCCCGGGAGUCAGAAAACAGCCCUCCGGCAGAGCCCAGUGAGAACGGCCGGCCCCCGGAGGUGGGCAGCCCCGAGCAGGACCUGGAACCCACCUGCGACCGGGGGAAGAAAGUCCCACUGCAGCCCGCCAAGCAGGUGAAGGCUGUCCUGUCCAGAGGGGGCGACCGCCACAGCGAGGACGAGGGCUUCCGCGAAGCCACCAGCUCCCGGCUCAGCGCCUCCCGGGACCAGCUCAGUGACAGCUCAGCGCAGGCCUUCUCGGGCAGAGGCUAUUCCUGUGACAGCGAGAGUGACGGGGAUGACAAGGCGUCUGUGGGCUCCGAGAAGCUCUUUGCCCCGGCAGCCGAGAAAGGCCCCACGCUAGGCGAGAAGUCAGAGGCCAAGGCCGGGCUGGCACCCAAGGUCUCGGGCCUGGAGCGCAGCCGCGAGCUGAGCACCGAGCCUAUUGUGCUUGAUGACUCUUAUCUUUUCGGCGCCCCUGCCAGCCCGCUGGUCAAGAAGGAGACACUCGCCCUGCCCCGCCUCACCCCGCAGCCGCCACCUGUGCCCCCACAGCCCCGGGCUCCGCUCCCGACACACGUGCCUCUCCCCCUGGGCGCUUUCCACGGCCACUGCCACGGUCACGGCCACGGCCACGGCCAGGCUGUGCACAACAGCCUGCUGGGCCUCAGGUGGCAGGACAGGCUGGGGGAGGGGUGCAGCCCCCCAAGGCACAGCCUCUCCCUGCAACAGGCCCAGAGCCACCUGACCACAGAGCCCCAAAUGCCCCUGGCCCAGAAGUUGGACAAGUACACACCCACGCUGGACAGCCCCUACCUGCGACAUUCCAACUUUUUCCCGUCCUUCCCGCCCGCCAUCCCAGGACUGCCCUCCCUGCUCCCACACCCAGGCCCCUUCGGGUCCCUGCAGGGCGCUUUUCAGCCCAAGACUUCAAACCCAAUCGAGGUAACGGGCCGGACCAGCGCUGUCCACACCCUGCUGCCGAAGGGCCCCGGGGUGUCCGAGCCGUACCGGACAGCGGUCAGGAAGCCGGGCAAGUGGUGCGCGGUGCACGUGCAGAUCGCGUGGCAGACCUACCGCCACCAGCAGAGGCUGAAGAUGCAGCUGGACCCCCACAAGCUGGAGGUGGGCACCAAGCUGGAUGUGCUCAGCAGGCCCCCCGCCCCAGGCCUGCUCCCCGGAGUCCACUACCCACAUGACCGGGCCCAGCCCCUCUUCUCCAGCUCAGGUGCUGCCCAUCCCGCCGCCAGCCCCUUCGGCCCCUCAGCCCAUCCCGGCAGCUUCCUGCCCACAGGUCACCUGGCAGACCCUUUCAGCAGACCAAGCACCUUUGGGGACCUGGGGAGCCUGGGCAGCGCCGCCUUCGGAGGCCUGGGCAGCCACGCACUGAGUGAGUGACCUGCCCACACGCGUGUCCUCCCUCCCCCUCUGUGGGCUUCCCCACGGGGUCUGGGCUGCACCCCCUCACUGUCCCCCCAGGAGGCCUGGAGCCGGCUGCACCGGGCACCCCCGUCCUUCCCCACGCCGCCCCCCUGGCCCAAGCCUGUGGACACGGAGCGGGUCUCAGCCCUGACCAACCACGACCGAGAGUCGGACAAGGGCCGGGAGGCUCGGGAGCGGUGAGUGGGCCCCUGGAGACCUCCCUCCCCCAGGGGCUGAAGCUGGACCCUCAGAGCAGGGAGGACCUCUCAUGGGAUCUGGCAGGAGC